AUGGUGUCGGCUUCCAAGGAGAAGAGACUCGCCAAGAAGGCUGCCGACGGCAAGGAGAAGAAGACUGUCGCAUCUCGCUCCAAGGCUGGGUCCAAGGCCAACUCUAAGAACGCCAGCGCUGCCGGAUCAGUCAACGGCGAUGAAGUCGUCCUCGAUGCCAACGGAAACCCCAUCGAGUCGGACGAGCCCGCCACCGGCGCCGAGAAGAUGGACGAGGUCAAGCGCCUCGCCGACCAGAUGGACAAGCACGGUCUGUCUGACCGCGUCACGACCGGUGUCCUGUCCUCUACGCCCACCAGCCGCGAUGUCAAGAUCACCAGUACCAGCCUGGUGUUCCACGGUCGCGUCCUCGUUACCGAUUCCACACUCGAGUUGAACUAUGGCCGCAGAUACGGCCUGCUGGGUGAGAACGGCUGCGGUAAGAGUACUAUGCUCAAGGCCAUCGCCGCGCGCGAGUUCCCCAUUCCCGAGUUCAUCGACAUCUACCUGCUCAACGAGGGCGCCCCUCCGUCUGACCUUGGUGCCCUGGAGUGGGUCGUCAAGGAGGCCGAGAACGAGCUUGCCCGUCUGGAUGCGCUCUGCGAGAAGCUCCUUGAGGAGGAGGGCCCAGAGAGCCCUGUUCUCCUCGACCUGUACGACCACAUGGACAAGAUGGACCCCUCGACAUUCGCCACCCGUGCCUCCCUCAUUCUGACGGGUCUCGGCUUCAACAAGGUCACCAUUCACAAGAAGACCAAGGACAUGUCUGGUGGUUGGCGUAUGCGUGUCGCCCUCGCCAAGGCCCUGUUCGUCAAGCCCUCCCUGCUGCUGCUCGACGAUCCUACUGCCCAUUUGGAUCUCGAGGCCUGUGUGUGGCUGGAGGAGUACCUCAAGAAGUGGGACCGUACCCUGGUUCUCGUCUCCCACUCCAUGGACUUCCUCAACGGCGUCUGCACCAACAUGAUCGACAUGCGCGAGAGGAAGCUCAUCUACUACGGUGGUAACUACGACUCGUACAUCAAGACCCGUUCCGAGCAGGAGACCAACCAGAUGAAGGCCUACGCCAAGCAGCAAGAGGAGAUUGCGCACAUCAAGAAGUUCAUUGCCAGUGCUGGUACUUAUGCCAACCUGGUCAGACAGGCCAAGUCUCGCCAAAAGAUUCUCGACAAGAUGGAGGCCGAUGGCUUCAUCCAGCCCGUGGCCCAAGACCGUGUCUUCAGCUUCCGCUUCGCCGACGUUGAGAAGCUGCCUCCUCCCGUCUUGUCUUUCGACAACGUCACCUUCUCCUACUCUGGUGAUCCGAAGGAUGAUCUGUACCGCAACAUCGAUCUUGGUUUCGACAUGGACUCGCGUACGGCGCUGGUCGGUCCCAACGGUGUGGGCAAGUCAACAUUGCUGCGUCUCAUGACUGGCAAGCUCUCCCCGACCCAGGGCUCCGUGUCGAGGCACACGCAUCUGAAGCUCGGUCUCUACUCUCAGCACUCUGCCGAGCAGCUCGACCUGACCAAGUCGGCUCUCGACUUUGUCCGCGACAAGUACUCGUCCAAGUCCCAGGACUACCAGUACUGGCGUCAGCAGCUUGGAAAGUACGGCCUGUCGGGUGAGUCCCAGACUGCUCUGAUUGGUACCCUCUCCGAGGGCCAGAAGAGCCGUAUCGUCUUCGCCCUGCUCGCCAUCGACAGCCCCAACAUGCUGCUGCUUGACGAGCCUACCAACGGUCUCGAUAUCCCGACCAUUGACAGUUUGGCCGAUGCCAUCAACGCCUUUAGCGGAGGUGUGAUUGUCGUCAGUCACGACUUCAGGCUGCUCGACAAGAUUGCCAAGCAGAUUCUGGUGUGCGAGAACAAGACCAUCCGACCGUGGGACGGCUCGAUUGGCGAGUACAAGAACUACCUGCGGAAGAAGAUGAUCUCUGCCGGUGCUGUCUAA